AUGGAGAACCUGUCUAUCGUUGACCCCGCUGGGCCUUCUUCCCCCAAGCGGCUGGGACAAGGACAGCAAUCUGGUCAGAAUGCCGUCUUCCCCGGUGCUCCUCCGCAGGGUGCGCCCCAACUGCCACCACAGAUGUUCACAACCGCCGCGCAAUUAUUAGAUCUCACAGACAAGAAACUCCUCCUCGUGCUCCGCGAUGGACGCAAGAUCUUCGGCGUGCUGCGUUCAUGGGAUCAAUUCGCCAACCUGGUCCUAACCGACACUCGAGAACGCUAUUUCGUCUCCGUGCCUUCCUCUUCUUCCGAACCGUCCUCCUUGGAGACCACAACGAGGAACCUCUACUGCGACAUCCCGCGCGGCACAUAUCUCGUGCGCGGCGAGAACGUGCUGUUGUUGGGAGAGGUCGAUCUCGACCGCGACGACGAGCCUCCGCCGGGUUAUGUGGAAGGAGAUGUCGAGGAGGUUUUCCGCAUCCAGAAGCAGUUGGAGACCCAGAGGAAGAAAAGUGAUAAGAUCAAGGGCAAGAAGUUGACGCAGCUCUGGGGCGGUGAGAUCGAGGCUAGUGGUGAAGUUUUGUUCUGA